AUGGACGCGAUUGUAACAAAAAUGGAGGAAACUCUCGAAAGAAAAAAAUCAAUAACAAACAUUGUCGAAAAAAGAACAAUGGUAAUAGAUUAUAUAAGAAGGAUACAUGAAGCAGCAUAUUAUGUAAAUAGUGGUUUUUCAAAUACACCUUCAAUAUCAUCAUUAUCAUUAAAUGAUACUAUUACUACUACAACUACAACAACUACAACAUCUACAACAAACAACAACAAUAAUAAUAAUAUAAAUAAUAUAAAUAAUAAUAAUAUAAAUAAUAUAAAUAAUAAUGGGAGUAAUGGGAAUAGUGGUAAUAAUAAUAAUAAUAAUAGUAAUAAUAUAACGGCACAGGGUAAUAAUAGUAAUAAUAGUAAUAAUAGUAAUAUAAAUAAUAAAUUAAAUAUAAAUGGCAAUAAUAAUAAUAAUAAUAAUAGUAGCGGAACAAAUGUAUCAUCAACAACAACAAAUAAUAAUAAUAAUAAUAAUAUUAAUAAUAAUAAUAAUAAUAAUAAUAAUAUUACAACAUCAACAUCAACAAAUAAUAUUACAGCAUCAACAAGUGGAUUAUCAACAUCAACAUCAGUAUCAUCAAUAUCAAGUUUAAAUAAUAGUAGUAACAAUUUAAAUAAAUUAUAUAGUGGAGCAGGAGCAAUGGUAGCGGUAGGACAGCAUAUUGAACCAAAUCCAUACUCUAAUCAACAGAAUAUGCAUUGGAUGAAUGUAACGAUGAUACAAAGACAAGAUUUUGAAAAGAGUCAAGAGAUACAAAAGAGAUUGUUGGGUUGGUUUUGUUUGGGAUUUAGUUUGGCACCAUUGAUAGCCACUGAUAAGGGUCCUGCAUACAUUCGUUCAUUGGUUCAGUUGAUGGAAGAGUACGAUUAUCAUUUUGAGUUGGGUUCUGCUAUGCAAGGUGUAAAAGUGCUACUCUCAAAGAAACAGCCAACUCAUACCGUUGUCAAUGAGAAUGAGCAUAUCAAAUCAAAGAUCGUAAAGAUUGGUACCACCGUGGUCUAUGAGUUUCUAAAGAUUUUCAAUAUUAGUAUUGCAAAGGAUUUGGACUACUUUCAAGUGGUCUUUAGUUUGUUGGAGAUUUUAGAACAGAUUUACAAAAAGAUCGAUAAGGAAACUUGCUCCUCAAAAUAUGUCUAUGAGGCCUUGUUAAAGGUUGACUCUCGUUUAAAACAUAAUAUCUUUGGUUUUCUCUCCAAAGAGAUCGAUAAAAUGUCUAUGGCCAUCAUUAAGGAACAAUUGGAUUUCACUUUACUCUGUACCUCUAUCAAAGAUAAAGAUAUUCAACAACACUUAAAUAUACAAUCAAAAUUAGCAAAUAGCUUAAAUAUCUCUCAAAAUGGUAAUAAUAGUACUGGCUCAUCUGGUAUUAAAGAUAAAGAAUCUUUAACAAAUACAAAUGGUAAUGGUUCUUUUUCAGAUUAA